GACCAGCUGCGCUUCGGGUCCUCCUCCCUUUGGGCAUGUUGAUCCGCGGCUGCGCUCCAUGUUCCAGUUUCAUGCAGGCUCCUGGGAAAGCUGGUGCUGCUGCUGCUGCCUGAUUCCAGCCGACAGACCUUGGGACCGGGGCCGGAGCUGGAGGCUGGAGAUGGCGGACACGAGAUCCGUGCAUGAAACCCGGUUUGAGGCGGCGGUGAAGGUGAUCCAGAGUUUGCCGAAAAAUGGUUCAUUCCAGCCAACAAAUGAAAUGAUGCUCAAGUUCUAUAGCUUUUAUAAGCAGGCAACUGAAGGACCCUGUAAACUAUCAAGGCCUGGAUUCUGGGAUCCUAUUGGAAGAUAUAAAUGGGAUGCUUGGAGUUCAUUAGGUGAUAUGACCAAAGAGGAAGCCAUGAUUGCAUACGUUGAAGAAAUGAAAAAGAUUCUUGAAACUAUGCCGAUGACUGAAAAAGUUGAAGAAUUGCUACAUGUCAUUGGUCCGUUUUAUGAAAUUAUAGAAGACAAAAAGAGUGGCAGAAGUUCUGAUUUAACCUCAGUCCGAGUGGAGAAAAUCUCUAAAUACUUAGAAGAUCUUGGUAAUGUUCUAACUUCUACACCAAAUGCCAAAACUCUUAAUGGUAAAGCUGAAAGCAGUGAUAGUGGAGCUGAAUCUGAGGAAGAGGCCCAGGAAGGCGUGAAAGGAGCAGAACAAAGUGAUAAUGAUAAGAAAAUGAUGAAGAAAUCUGCAGACCAUAAGAACUUGGAAAUCGUUGUCACUAAUGGCUAUGAAAAAGACAGCUUUGUUCAGGGUGUACAGCAGAACGACAUUCAUGCCAGUCCUUCCCUGAAUGGCAGAGGUGCUGAGACAGUAAAAUCUGUAGAUCAAAACUUGGAGCAAACUGAAAAAACUGCUGUCUGCGUUCACCAAGAUGUAAAUGAUGAUCAUAUUGAAGAUGUUUCAGCAAUUCAGCAUUUGACGAGUGAUUCAGACAGUGAAGUAUACUGUGAUUCCAUGGAGCAAUUUGGACAAGAAGAGUCUUUAGAUAGCUUUACGUCAAACAAUGGACCAUUUCGCUAUUACUUGGGUGGUAAUCCCAGUCAGCCCUUGGAAAGUUCUGGUUUUCCUGAAGAUGUUCAAGUAUCUCCUGGGAAUGGCAACAGGGGAGACACACAGGCGGCAGCAGUGGAAGGCAAAGGUGAAGUCAAGCAUGGAGGAGAGGAUGGUGGGAAUAACAGUGGAGCGCCGCACCGUGAGAAAAGGGCUGGAGAAAGUGAGGAAUUCUCUAACGUCAGGAGAGGAAGAGGGCACAGGAUGCAGCAUUUGAGUGAAGGAAGCAAAGGUCGGCAAGUGGGAAGUGGAGGUGAUGGGGAACGCUGGGGUUCAGACAGAGGGUCGAGGGGCAGCCUCAACGAGCAGAUCGCUCUCGUGCUCAUGCGCCUGCAGGAGGACAUGCAGAACGUCCUUCAGAGACUCCACAAACUGGAGACGCUGACAGCAUCACAGGCAAAAUCAUCAGCAUUACAGACCGGUAAUCAGCCCCCUUCACCGAGACCAUCUUGGUGGCCCUUCGAGAUGUCUCCGGGUGCAUUAAUCUUUGCUAUCAUAUGGCCUUUUAUUGCCCAGUGGUUAGUGCAUUUAUAUUACCAAAGAAGGAGAAGAAAAUUGAACUGAAGAAAAUAUUUUACUGAAGAAGACUGCUGGGCCUGGAUGACCUCGGGAUGAAAUGGAUUGUGGAGCUCACACGA